AAGCACGUUAAACUGCUCUUCACAUACUAUUCGCACGAACGCGUCCGUGUUGUGCGUCUUUUCCGGUGGCAUCGUUUUUUAAGUGUAUUUUUACAAAGUAUUGUGGCGCGUAAUUGUGCUAAACAAAACAGAAAAUGCAAGGAACUAUCAUAGAAAAUUUAAGCGGUAGAAAACUUUCGGUGCUUGUAAUACUGUUGAUUGUCGCGCAAAUUGUUUGUUUUCUAAUAGGCGGGCUCAUUGCUCCAACACCUGCUAGUAGUCAAAAUAUACUUGGUACACCUUGCAAGGAUAUUCGUGUGAAUGGAUCUGAACCUGGAGGAGGAAAAUGGUUUUAUUCACGGGGAAAAGGAUCUUGUACUCCUGUUGAUAUGAACCAUUUUACUUUUGAUGGUCAUCAUCAAGCAUACCAAGUUGUAUAUACAUUUCAAAUGCCUGUUCCAAGAAACAGUAUGCAACUUGAUUAUUCUAGAUGGCAGCAAAAUUUAAUAGGUGUUUUACAAGUAGAUAUUGGCUAUCAUAGCCAGAUAGAAAUUGCUCCCAGAACUAAGAUAACAUUGGAUGCAAGACUUGCAUAUAGAAACAAAGGAGAUCCCGAUGAUGCUUGGAAACAUUAUGCUGCUUCUGUAGUAGAAAGAAUGUUGGACUGUAGUAUAGAUGAUGCAUUGGAACACUAUAAUUAUAAUUGCAGUGUUGACACUGAUAGAAACAUCAAUCAGGGUCUGGGACAUAUUACUGAUUUGUGGCUUACUGCUAUUAACCAGAAUGGUGGAUUUACGAAGGUGUGGGUAAGUUUGAAGACUAUUUAUUUUCCAAUUGUCAUAUGCAUUCUUGCUUGGUAUUGGAGAAGAGUACACAUGCUUUCAAGAUCUCCGGCUCUUCUGGAAUAUUUACUGUUGGCACUGGGCAUAGCACUAUCAUUUCUAAAUAUGCCUUUGGAGUAUUUAACACUGGCCUAUGACAUGCCAUUUAUGCUUUUAUUAGGUGAUAUCAGACAAGGAGUAUUCUAUGCCAUUCUUUUGUCUUUCUGGCUUGUGUUUGCUGGAGAACAUCUUAUGAUACAGGAGGGUGAACAAAGAAACUCCUUAAAAUGUUACUGGCGUCAUCUUUCUGCAGUAGGCACGGGAUGUUUAUCAUUAUUUGUAUUCGACAUGUGUGAACGUGGCGUGCAAUUACGAAAUCCAUUCUACUCGAUUUGGGUUACAGAUCUUGGAACUAAAUUUGCUCUAGCAUUUAUAAUUUUAGCUGGUGUGUCUGCUGGUAUAUAUUUAAUAUUCUUAUCUUACAUGAUAUGGAAAGUAUUUAUGAAUAUUAGUGCAAAAAGGGCUGCAUUGCCUAGCAUGAGUUCUGCAAGACGUUUACAUUAUGAAGGUGUAAUAUACCGAUUUAAAUUUUUGAUGAUAGCAACAUUGUUGUGUGCGUCUUUGACAGUUAUUGGAUUUAUACUAGGCCAAGUUGCAGAAGGUCAAUGGAAAUGGGACGAAGAAUUACACAUAGAAAUGACAUCGGCAUUUUUCACUGGAGUAUACGGUAUGUGGAAUAUUUAUAUCAUAGCAUUAUUAUGCUUGUAUGCUCCUUCCCAUAAGCAGUGGCCCAUCGAACCAUCUGAAAAUAGUAUUAGUGAAGAAAUUGAAUUUUCACGUUUAUCGACUGAUCCCAAUGAAAUGCUGUCUCUGACUGCAUUCGCACGAAAAACAGCCGUAGAAUAAAUAACAUAUACAUUUUACAGAAAAACACUAGAAG